AUGAACAGCUCAGGCGCCCCGGCUGCCUCCGCCACCCUGCUCGGGCCCAGGAGCCAGGAGAUGCCAGUGAGCUUUGCCACGGCCCUUCGUGUUUUUGGUACCAGCCUCUUCGCCUUGGUGGUGCUGGGAGGCAUCCUUGCAGCCUACAUCACUGGCUACCAGUUCAUCCACACCGAGAAGCACUACCUCUCCUUCGGCCUGUAUGGUGCCAUCCUGGGCCUGCACCUCUUCAUCCAGAGCCUCUUUGCCUUCCUGGAGCACCGGCACAUGCGGCUCGAGGGGCGGCCCUUGAAGCUGCACCGUUCCGUGGCGCUCUGCAUCGCUGCCUACCAGGAGGACCCCGACUACCUGAAGAAAUGCCUGCGCUCAGUGAAGCGCAUCUCCUUCCCCGACCUCCAGGUGGUGAUGGUGGUGGACGGCAAUGGCCAGGAUGACACCUACAUGCUGGAGAUCUUCAAUGAGAUCCUGGGCUCCGAGAAAACGGGCUGCUACGUCUGGAAGAGCAACUUCCAUGAGAGGGGCGAGGGGGAGACGGACAGCAGCCUCCAGGAGAGCAUGGGGCACAUCCAGCAGCUGGUGCGGAACAGCACCUACUCCUGCAUCUUGCAGAAGUGGGGGGGGAAGCGUGAGGUGAUGUACACAGCCUUCCAAGCGCUCGGGGACUCCGUGGACUACAUCCAGGUGUGCGACUCAGACACGGUCCUGGACCCAGCCUGCACAGUGGAGAUGCUGCGCAUUUUAGAGGGGGACCCACGAGUGGGCGCAGUUGGUGGAGACGUUCAGAUCCUCAACAAGUACGACUCGUGGAUCUCCUUCCUGAGCAGCGUGAGGUACUGGAUGGCCUUCAACGUGGAGCGGGCCUGCCAGUCCUACUUCGGCUGCGUGCAGUGCAUCAGCGGCCCCCUCGGCAUGUACCGCAACACCCUCCUGCAGCACUUCCUGGAGGACUGGUACAAUCAGAAGUUUCUUGGCAGCAAGUGCAGCUUUGGGGAUGACAGACACCUCACCAACCGUGUCUUGAGCCUCGGGUAUAGGACUAAGUACACCGCCCGCUCCAAGUGCCUGACCGAGACUCCCACCAAAUACCUCCGCUGGCUCAACCAGCAGACUCGCUGGAGCAAGUCCUACUUCAGGGAGUGGCUCUACAACGCCUUGUGGUUCCACAAGCACCACCUCUGGAUGACCUACGAGUCCGUGGUGACUGGCUUCUUCCCCUUCUUCCUCAUUGCCACGGUCAUCCAGCUGUUCUACCGCGGCCGCAUCUGGAAUAUCCUCCUCUUCCUCCUGACUGUGCAGCUAGUGGGGAUCAUCAAGGCCACCUAUGCCUGCUUCCUCCGGGGCAAUGCGGAGAUGAUCUUUAUGUCCCUCUACUCCCUGCUCUAUAUGUCCAGCCUCCUGCCAGCCAAAAUGUUCGCCAUCGCCACCAUCAACAAGUCAGGCUGGGGCACCUCCGGCCGCAAAACCAUUGUGGUCAACUUCAUCGGCCUCCUCCCCGUUUCUGUGUGGGUCGCUGUCCUGCUGGGAGGCCUGGCCUACACGGCGUACUGCCAGGACCUCUUCAGUGAGACGGACCUGGCCUUCCUCAUCUCUGGCGCCAUCUUGUACGGCUGCUACUGGAUGGGGCUCCUCAUGCUCUACAUGGCCAUCGUUGCCCGGCGCUGUGGGAAGCGGCAGGAGCAGAACAGCCUGGCUUUUGCCGAGGUGUGA